AAGAGAUCUGGGCAAAGAGAUUGAAUUUUUCACGCGUAAAAUUUCCUGUGUUGCAAGUGACGAAACCUGCCAGAAAGUAGUGCAAAGUGUGCCCGGAACCCGGAACCACCGGUGGAAAGUCGAUUCGGCGGGCGAAGCGUGCGGCCAGCUGGAUUAUUUUCAUCCAAGGGGUUCGCAAAUUUCGCUGUUCCGAGUGUAUGGUCGCCAGGAGAAAAAUGUGAAGAGGAUACGUCUGCAGAUUUUCAAUUUCAAGGAGGAAGUGACUAUUUCUAACUUUGUGGAGGAGUGAAGAGAGUGUGUGUGGUGCGAGAAGCAAACCGCAAGCAGGAGGGCGUAUUUUUCCACCUUCGUGUGGUGCAACCGUGUUUGGUAGGAGGCUGUUGGUGGGGAUCCACUAGCAAUGGCCACCGGUGAUGACCAGUGGCUGAAAGAGGAUGGCUAUCUGAACGUUGACGCCGAAUCGGUCCGGAUCGUGUAUCACCCGUUCCUGAAUGUGAUCCUGGUGUUCACCCGGGAGGGUGAAGUCAAAGUGCUGGAUGUGAACUCGGGAGUGAUCCUGCAGAGCUACCGUGUUUCCGAUGAUCUCCCGGCACAAUGUCGCUACCUGCCCGAUCAGGACAAGAUCCUAUUCUGGAACGGUCGGAACGUGUCGAUGCGCGGUGACUACAAUGGCGUCCUGCUACUGGACACUAUCCUCCAGGCACCGAUCACACAGGCCGACGACAACAUCCGAAUAGAGCUGCUCCUGUCGGAAGCGGUCCUGUUUCUGCAGUGUCUGCAGAACCUAGAGCAGCAUGGGCUGGAAAACACGGCCGACGUAACCAACGAACUGACGCUGAAGAUUGGCGAAGCCCAACAGCAUGCUAAGCGGGGGAUCAAAGCGCAGAAGUGGGAAACGAUCUGUUUGGAGCUGUCCCAUUCCUCGCUCCGGAUGGUGGCUGGUGGAAUGGUGAUGCAGCUGAAGCGGCUCGAUCGCCACAUCCCUGCGCUGGCGAUUGCCUCCGCCAUCAACGAGCGCCUAACGGAUCUGCUGGAGGGUGCCCGUGUCACGGAACCAUCCGCUCUGAAUCGGUUCUACAUGUUCUCGGAGGCUACCCGGCGGCAGACGUUCGAGGGUUGGCCUCACAUGGAUUACAAGUGGGUCCUACCGGAUCAGAUGGCCCAGGCUGGGUUCUAUCACUAUCCGGGAGACAAUGGAAACGAUGAUCGAGCGAUGUGUUUUACGUGCAACGUGUGCUUGGUUUGUUGGGAGAAAACCGAUGAACCGUGGAGCGAGCAUGAACGGCAUUCCCCGGAGUGUCCGUUUGUGAAAGGGGAGUUCACCCAGAAUGUUCCUCUGUCGGUAACGUACGCUACAAGUCCGGCAGUUUCGACGGGUGGAUUCUCCAUCAUAUCGGCUGGCGAUCGAGGAAAUGUGUUCUGCACGGGGAAUCCCCAGGCGGAUGUGACCGUGUGGAAUGUUGAACGACAGCUUACCAAGGUUUACGAUUUCAAAGUGAAACUGCACCCGGACAUUCUAACGACGACGACCAUCAGCUGUAAUGCCGCCGUGAACGAAAUCGAGCUGACAGCUCUUUCCACUUACUACGUCAAGCAUGCCGGUAUGGUCAGCAAGCCGAAAGUGGCCUCUCUCUCGCUGAAGCCAAAAAUGCUGGGAACGAAAAUUGUUUGCGGCAUUCGAGUGAACAGUACGGAACCGGACACGGACAAGGAAGAAUCCGAAACCACUUUGCUGCUGGUGGUCUACAACGUAGAAGAGACGAUCGGUUGCGAUGAGAGCAAACAGCUGAGUCAGUUGUCCAAUUCGUCCAGCACGUCCGUCAUUCCACCGGCGAAAAAAUCCUCGCUCAGCACCAUCGACGAGAAGUACGAAGAUGACUUUAUCAAAUUCCUGUCGGGCAACACCGAGUCCCAACUGUUGGAAUCGAUCGAUAAGCUAAUUCAUCUGGAUACGCUGAAGAAAGACGAAGCAUCGCUGAGUCAGCAGAUCGGUGCCAAGUUGGAUGAUACGUUGAGGAAGCUGAUCGAAGCAUCCGGGUCGGCCUCGACGGGCUCCGUAGACAAGCUAAUGUCGGAUGAUCAGACUACGUCGACGGUAAGUCUAAGUGAUUUCAAGGGACCUAUCUGCACACCCUUUCCGCCGCCACCAUUCGGCAUUAGCUCCAGUAGUAGCGGUGGUAGUUCAUCAACUCAGCUGGUCUCUGUGAAAUCGUCGCAACCGGACAGUGUAUCCAGCAUUAGCAGCAUCGGCGGUAGCAGUAUGAAUUCGAACGUGACGACUGCCCUGUCCACCGGUGCUACCAGCGCAAUGUCCACCAACUGUGACAUCAACUGCAUUCCACUGCAGUAUAUCGAAAUUCCAUCGAUGUACGCCGAAUCGCAUGACAGCUACCGCAUCGGAGAGGUGAUUCCUUCGAGUGAUAACAAGUACCUGCUGGUGGUGUUGCGGUUGAAGCAGAAGGAACGAAAGGAACAGAUGCAACCACCGCAGCAGCAGCAGCAGCAAGAAGAACAAGCGGAAGUGAUUGAUGAAAUCGUAAAGGAAGUGGUCGACAAAGAAGAACAAGAACAGGAAGAGGAAAUUCCGGAGGAGAUUGAAGAAGAGGAUGAGUGGAAAACAAUCUUGUAUUUGUACUAUUUGAAUGAAGAAGGUUUGGUGAAGACGGAUGAUCCUUUGGUAAAGUGGUUGACGGACGAAGAAACUCCAACGGAGAUUGUGAUGCUACCGAAGUGUGACAGUAGUGGCCGAAGCUUCGGCGGUCCUGAAACCGAAAAUGGUAUUUUUGUGAUGACGUGUGAGGACGGUAAACUGCGAAUUGUAUCGCUGAAGACUUUGACCAUAGUUUCGGAAGCUAGUGUAAAGGACGACCGGUUCGUAUCGGCAACGUACUGCAAAAGUCUGGAACGUUUGUGCGGGUGUACGUCGAAGGGGUGUCUACAUUUCUACUCGUUCUACGAUUUGGAUGCAGAUUCCAGUGACGAACGGGAUGAUGAUGUGACGUGUAUGGUUGGUAGCGGUAGCAAGGUGACAUCCGGCGCUGAUCGUUCCCAAUACGGAACGGAUGGUGGACCUUCAAGUGCUGGUCCAAAUCUUCUUAAAUAUGAAGCGACUCCAUCAACAUCGACUUCAACGACGGCCCAGUUGCCGCCAUCCACCAACAACGGCCAUGGUGAAAAUCAUCUGGCAGAUAUUCUAUUGGCUUACAAGCCGGAACUGUCGAUUCCGACCCUGAAGGUGCUGUAUUCGUUGACCCUGUUCAAUGAAAUGCUGACACCUUAUUCGGCCGAAGUUCCCGGCUGUUGGAGUGAACUGGAACAGGCGCAGAAGCAGCGACGACAUCCGCAGCAUCUACGACCUGGCGACGAUACCCAUCUGACCAAGACCUGGAGGCUGCAUAACGAUGCCACCACGUGGGACGAGCAUCUGAUCGAGCUGAACCUGCCGAAGUGUACCUCGUUGGGUCACAUCGAUUUCAAGUUUUCCCUCUAUCAACCGUGCACGAACCCACCUGCCAUUCAGGUCACGCUGCUGAAGCAAAAGUCCAUAGGGCUGUGCUCUCGGCGCAAAACUCAAUCCAUCAACCGUGUUGACGAAUCCAUCAAUUUCAACAUCGGUUCCACCGAUGGAAAAAAUUUGAUCGAGAAUCCCGUACUGAGCGAAGAGUACCUCCAGGCGAGGAACGCGGAGAUUCUGGUGGGACCAAUCGAGCUAGCAGCCUGCAUGGAUCUUAGCGAGCAGGCCGGUUCUGUAACGCUGACUAGCCCAAAGUUGCUCAAGUCAAAGGGCCGCAACUAUCUGCUCCACAUCAAAACGAUGACCGACCUGUCCAAGGACGGACAGGCCAAGACCAGGGUUCCAGUGCGUAAGAAGGGCAUAACCAGUAUCCUGCUAACAUCAUUCGCAAAUAUUUCGCAACAAAAUCACAACAACAACAACAACAACACCACUGCCACGAACCACGCGACCAACAACAACGCAACGGCCGGGGCCGGAUCGACGGGCAAGGAGGGUGUCAGCUUCUUUCCCGACUCCGCCGCCACCGGUCCUAACAAGACGCGCAAAAAUGACUUUUACAUAGGCUGCGACUGGUUGAACGAGAUAUCGAUCACCGUCCGCUCGACGCGCCAGGUGUACAAGAUCGAAAACGAACGUGCCCAGCGGUUGGCCAUGCUGGACUCCAACCUUCUGCUGGAGAACCUCCUGAAGCUGCUCUACACCGCAGACGAAACCGUGCAGAUGCAGCAGAACGUGGUGUUCGACAUUCUGAUUUGGGUCGUCUCGAUCCGGCUGGUGCGCUAUCGCUAUCCGAAGAACCCAUUCGCAAAGAAGAUCCUACCGACGGCGGAGAUCAAGGAUGCCGCGUCCAGCGAUGUCAACGUCCAGCAAGCGGAGUGCAUUCAGAUUGUCGAACGGCACCUGGAGGAAAUUAUCCGACAUUGUGUGGUGAUGGGAAACCGGAGCAUCGCUCACAAGUGCGUCAAGUUUGUGAGCGUGGCGUUGGAGGGUGCCCAAAACAUGACCGACAAGGACGUGUGCAACUCGUUCGAAAAGUCACUCAAGCAGGCUAUCAUCACCUGUCUACCGGAGAUCAUCAAUUCCAACCAUGCCGGAGCGCUGCGAUGGUUUACAUUGCUCAUUUCCGGUGCAUCCACGUGCGAUUCACACGGACCGAUUUCGGAAAAAUGUAUCUCCCUACUGAAAGACGUCGCCAGUGAGAUGCGCAAGCGGAGCAAUCCCUACACGGCCCUGUUAAGAACGCGAUUCGGCUUGUACGGAUCGCCGUUCGAGUCGGAAAUCUUCGAUUCGCAACCGUUGACAUCCAAGAACACCAACGUCACGUACACCUGCUCGAUAACGAAAACGACCGGGACGGGGGCGAACAAUCAGUCCAUCGAUCUGCGUUCGGUUUGCAUUGCUGAUGGAUCCGAAUUGAAGUUUCUCCCGUUGCAACUACGUCGCCGCGGAAUCGGUAAUCAUUUCAAGGGUCUACUGGAAGUGGAACCACUGCACUAUGUUUGCAGUUCGACGUCGGAUGCCACACGGCUGGAAAAUGUCGAUGCCAAUAACGUCCAGGCUACGAACAUCAUCGACGACUUCCUGAUGGAAAACACCGCCCAGAACAACAUCGAACCAGUGCAGAAUCAUAUCAAGCUGGAAGAAAAGGAGAACCUGGACGACGAUAUGAUGAACAACGUUAAGAACAUUCUAGUGGACAAGAUCUUCUAUUCGGCCUUGAAGAAGCAUAAGAUGAAGGACGAUUUCAACGAGGCGAAGAAGUCGGCCGAAGAGAUCGACGCACAGAAUGAGAGCUUCAACGAAAUCGAGAGCUGGGGUCCUUCCAACGAACCGAGGAUGGUGUUCGUCGGAGGAAAUGGCAACGACUCUUCAAACAUCAUUGAGGAUAAGCCACAGGCUUCGAUUGCCCUGAACAAUAAGAUCCAGGAGUUCUUCGAAGAUAGCAAUGCAGAAGAGAACGCAAAUGGGCUUCCGUGGCACAAGUUGCUUAGCACGCCCCCGAAGCAGGUGAUCGUGGUGGAACGGAUGCACUCCGGAGCGAUGCGCUACAUAACUCUGGACUUCGGUGCACCCAUCAUGUUGACUGAUUUGAUCAUUCCAGCUUGUUCGGAUUUGGCCUCGCUUUUCAUAGACAUUUGGUGCUUCGAAGAAGAGGCAGACAGCGUGAGGUUGGUGGUUUCUCAGGACAUUGGUUCACGAACGCUUGUACUGAGUGACUUGCAGCCUCCACCGAUUUGUCGCUAUCUGAAAAUAACCAUCACCGGAAGGUACGGAAUGUCUGCCACCCGGUGCCGCAUCCCGAUGGGAUCCUUCUACGGACACAUCGUCAUUCUCGACCGGGAAGGAUAUGCCGACCCAGUUAUGAAGUAUCUAAAAAACAAGAAAAACAAUCUUCCUGCACAGGCCAAAAUCCUGAAAGCACUCUACGAAGACGUUCACUGCCGAUACUGUCUGUCUAGCAGUAAGCUCAUGGAUUUGCUGCAACCCCUGAUCAACAGCGAAUCUUCCAACAUUGCCCAUAUGCAAGCAUUCCUUAAUCGGAUCAAGGAAAAUAGUGGAGACCAAACUGGACCCGGCAGUUCUGGGGUAUCGUUCCACGAUAACCAGAAAGUGUACGCCGUCUACGAGGAAUGUAUGGCCUUCCAGCACCAGCUGAAUGUGAUCAAACGAGUCAUCGAUCGUAUCAGAGGUCCCGCAUCGGUGUUGAACCUUCCGAAGCAACUGAAACCAGGUGGCGAUCUGUCACCCAUCUACACCGACAAGCUACGUGUUCUUAGCGAGUGUCUCAUCGAAACCUUAUUGCACCUAAUUACGACAUACGGCGUCCAGAAUGUGGCCAACAUCUAUCCGUACUUUGACCUGGACACCUGCAACCUAUUGUUCGACACCCUGGUCAUAAACGGAGACACCCACAUCCAACUGGCAACCUGCUCGAUGUUGGUACGGAUGUGCUGCUUCCAACCGUGGUGGGGGGAAUUUCUCGCCGACAAGUUUCUCAAACUGUACUCAUCCCAGAACAGUCGCAUCUUCCCGCAGGAUCGUGUCUUCUUCCUACUGACGUACCUUGGUCGCAAGAGCAUCUCGAUGGGUACCUGUCGAUCGAUAGUGAUCGAUGCUGUUCUGAAAAGCCUAGCAACCCUGCUAGCUCCCCUGGCGCAAAACAGUGCCAGUGGAUUGAAUAUUUGGUGUAACACGGAUCUCAAUCUGCUCGGAUGGAUCUUGCUGUUUCUUUCCGUCUGUCUUGACGACGGAAUGGUCGAUGGCAAGAAGGAUCAGAGCAACUUGCGGUGGGAUUUCAUGUCCGGCGAAACGGACAUGGUUAAGGCGCGGAUGAACAUGGGAAACGGUGGACUGCGAACGUUGACCAGAACAUUCAAAAAGCGAUUCCUACAGAGUAAGCACUACAGUGCGGGAUUGACCGGAGGCAACGGCAAUGCCGUGACAGAGAAAAUGUACAUGAUGAACUCGGAUCCACUGCAAACGCCGGCCAGUAAGCUAGAGAUGGCACUGAAGCAGCACGAGAACCAACUCAAGAAGCUACAGAACAGUGUCAAACAAUCGUUUGGGGAUUAUUUCAAUGAAAUCACCAAAGCAAAGUCGGUUCGACUUCCGAGCGGAGAUGGAUCCUCGCGCAGUUCGCAGUCCGGAAGCAGCGGGAGUGGAUCGAAAGACAACAGUUCCGAUAGCAGUACAAAUGACAACGAAACGGCAUUCGACAAGGGCCUGAAGUCGUUGAAGAUCGGCAACAUUAUCGUGGUUAUUCGGGGGCUAAUCGGAUUAAUCCUGAGCAUGGAUUUCACCUGCAAUAUGGAUCUGUUUCUGAUCACCUGUAAAAUCAUCGCUAGAUUGGUGUUGGCCUGUAGACCGGUAGUCCAGUUGUCAAAAAUCAUCACCACCAAUCAGCUGCUACAGCUGGUGCGGAUUGCAGUGUGGGAAAAUCAGCAACAGCCAUGGGCCGUCCAUGCUAUCACGUGUUUACUGCAGGACGUGCUGGAAGCGGACAAGAACUACAAAGAUGACGACAAUGAUUCCGGAAACUCUUCCGGCGACGAAGCAACUUCGUCCUCUGAAGCUGGUACCUCUUCUCGGCCACCUCCGGUACCGGAUACCGCAUUCAAACCCGUCGCGCACAGUGUUCAGGUUUCGAAGGACAUCAGCUAUGCGGAUGCCGUGAAAAAUCAACUCCCGUCGCUGAUGGAGUGCGACGAUGCCGAUAUGGAAGAUAUCCUGAUCCUGGAUGACAUACUGGAGCGGGCCAAGCGCGUCUCCAAGAAGGACUCCAGCUCGAACAUGUCGAGCGGGCGGAACGGGCUGACCUUUUUGUACAAAACCGUAUCCUCCGCCAUGGAUGCCCGGCUAGAAACCGGACUGGACAUCAACGUGGAGAUCACGCUGAGAAGACUGGCAAUGAAAGCAACUUUCAACCUCAUUGCCAGUCUGCCGCAGGUUACCGUUGCGGAUCCGCUCAAUCCGAACCAGCUCGAGCUUCCCGCUUGGCCGGAAUCGAUCGUCGAAGCUUGGUCCGGUGAAGAGUACCAACAGGGCAUGGAAACCAAUGCCAUGCUGACGGAGGUGUUCGACAACAUCCUGUGCGAUCUGCAUCUGGUCGAUUCCUGGCUCAAUCUGGAGAAGAUUCUGCAACUAUGGUUAACUCUCAAUGGGGAAACGCUGGAGCAGGUGCCGGGUAGCAAUGCUCCGGGAUUGAAUGCGUACUCCUUCCCAAAGAUACCGUUCGGCGAUCGUGCCGUUCAUGGAUUGCUGAAGGCGCUGGCUUCGCAUCCCAACAUCAAACUGCGAGCGUGGUGUCUAGGGUUCCAGUGUUUGAUCCUAGCCUGCAAACCGCACUUCGAAGCAGACUACAUGGACUCAAAUUCGACCACCAGCGACAAUCACUUCCGCAAGAUGGGUAAUCUGAUCGUGGGCGAUGACAAUUUCGAAAAAAUGCUGCUGCGGUUCUUCUCCGGUGUUGACCAGUCGAUUUCGUCGCUGGAUAGCAACCGAUACGCCGGUCCAACGGUGUGUAAACUUGUGCUGGAGCUGUUCAUCUGGUUGGAGCUCAAGUGCAACGUAAAGGAGAAGCUGAAGGAGAUACUGCUGAAGGUUAUUUUGCACCUGGUGCAGUUUGGCGGGGCGAUUUCGAGCCAGCAAGGUCCGAUCGACGCCCAGAGCCAGCUGAUCAAGGAGCUGCUGUCGUUUUCGUACGAUAAGAACGAUCUCGGUGUGGCCAUGAGUAUCAUCGAAUGUGUCUCCCACCUGGUGUACAACAACAUUGUGAACGUAGAGAAGCUGUACUGCUACCGAGCUUCCGAGAAUAGUCAUUCCAACAAUAUGUACGCCACCCGGUUUGGCAGUUUGUUCGCAACCGUCUUGGGUCCGGAAAAUGCCCGCCAAUGCAAAACCGUAACCGACAGCACGCUGCUGAUCGACCUCCUGAAGCUUGCCUCCAUUCUUGUCAAUACGAAAAAUCCUCGCUCGGGAGAGGAUAACGCCACCGCAUACGAAAACUCCAGCUUCAGCGAGCUAAACACUUCCAACGAAAGCCAAACGGACGAGAUCAAAGCCGAACAGCAACACAUUGAACCCCCCAGACCAAAGACUCCGUGCUUCGCCGACACGGUUCUGCAGCAUUCGCCCACGAUGACCCGUCUGCUGAGCACGCUAUCGCACUGUUCCACUUCUUCGUUUGCCAUGUUGGUUGCCUCGUCGAUGUACUGCGCUUCGAUCAAUGACACGAAAAGCAGCAGCCUAACCGAGCCGCAAACCGUCGCGGAUGCCGUAUUUCAACUUCUACUCUACAUAUGCCGAGCAGCCACCCAAAACAUCCUGGUGGUGAAACCGUUGUUCGACUACAUAAACAACGCCUCAAGCAUGCGCCACGCAAUGCCGAAGCUGCAUCUGUCCGAGCCAUUCCUAUGGUUCAUCCUGAAGGUCCUGGAUAAUUCGGCAUCCAUUGCAAUAUUCACCGACAUGGGUGGCAUCAAGGUACUCUGCGAGAGCCUGGUUCGAAGCAAUCGCGCCCUCAUCAACACCCAGCCCAGCCUAGUAUCGAUGAUCAUGCAACGGUUGUCCAAGUCCUCCAACCUUCACACAACCCUGUCCAGCUCGUCCAAAAAGAGUUCAAUGGCUGCAACGAGAAACGAAGACGGUCUCAUAAACUUCGCCCCGUACUGUACCAUUUCGUCCGAAAAUCAAACCGCCCAACCAGCUGAUGUCCUCAUCCAGGCUCCGAUCGCGUCGCAUCGUCGAGCUCGCAACCCAGCCUGGAGCUAUCUGUUCUACCCGAACGAAUCGCAUGUGGAUUUGACGAUCACACUGCCGACGGCAGUUUUACUAAAGGAAGUUCAACUGCAACCCCAUCUGUCCACCCUUGCGUCCUGUCCAUCGGCGGUUGCGAUAGAGAUCACCCGCGACAGUAAUCUAGGCCCAAUACCGAUCACUCAACCGAUUUCCACCGUCGGAAUGACCUGCAUUCGGUUGAAGUUUGCCCAACCGGAAAUCGCUACGAGUGUCAUUAUUCGCCUGUAUCGACCUCGGGAUGCUACCAAUAUCGGGUUGACGCAAAUAUCGGUUCUGGGAACGACUACGUUCAGUGACGCAACCAGUGUUUCCGUGGCUGGACCAAGUUGGGCUACUGGGGCGGCAUCAGGACCGAUGACUAAAUCAGCCGCUGAAGGUUCAAAUGAGUACUUCAAUGAUGACGACAAAGCUGCCAAGACUAGUCUCGGGUGGUUGCGAAUACUCGCACAGUGUUCCAGUGUGGUAAUGUACAACACCGAUCGACAGCUUGCCAACCGGGUGAUCAUGGCUGCCACGGAAGUGCCAGGUUUUCUGGAAGCCUGCUGUUCGCUUUUGAACAUCGCUCCACUGUGCCCCAACAUUGCCCUGAACAAUUUGGAAACGGUUUUGCUGAAGAUUGGACUCUACAGUAAAGAGUGUGGACUGAAUUUGAUAAACAUUCUCCUAAAGGAAAGCAUCCCGCAGACGUUCCAGCUGUGCAAUGAUUCCAUUUCGGACCUAUUGUAUCAUCUUUGCACGACCCACAACGAGUAUACGGGUGAUCGAGUAGAAGCGAUGCUGUCGUGGGUCCAACGAUUGUACGAACGGUAUCACCAGAAUCAAACGAACAGAUUCGUACUGCAUGCUACUAAUCCGUACAGCGGAUUCAUCCGGUGUCUAUCUUCGAUCCUGUGGCAAUCGUAUGCAACUGAUCUGAUCCCGGAUCUUCCGAACAUGAUCACAAAGGAACUGUUCGAAACGCUCUACGAUUGGAACCAGGAAUUGGAUCAUGACGAACCGCUGAAGAAGGCGAUCGAUGCCAUGCUAUGCUCGACCUGCUGUAUUCGUCCGGAGUUGUUUACCAUGCUACUGAAGCGUAUGGGUGUGCUGGUGCCGAACUUGUCCACCGAUUUGACGGCAUCCAUCUCCGAUGACCGUAAGGAUGGAGAGUGCAUCACGGACGAUAUCAAGCAGGAGGAAUCCGAUGCGGCCGAAUGGUACAGUCAUCUAGUGAUCGAGGACCUAAGUCGGUUGUAUUUGUCCAAGGCUCAUCUGGCAACUAUUUCGAUGGCUUGCCAGUCGCCUCUUGCCGUGCAGCAGUUGAUCGAUUCCGGACUACCGAAUCUACUGACAUCGGUCAUUCUGGAUUUCUGCCAUCGUGCACUGAAUAGCAUCAAUCAGCAUCAAAAGGAUACGACAGUGACACCUGGCGGAAGCGGCUGCAGCAGUGUAGAACGAGAUAAUCGCGAAGUGUUUGAAGAGGAACAGGCAGCGGCAGCAGCAGCUGCCGCUGCCUCCACCGCCGGUGAUUGCGGUUCAGAGGAGUCGAGUUCUUGCAUGACGGAUGCCGACAAAGAGCAUCAUAAAUAUUCCGGUUCCUGCGCCAAGGAUGUAGUUUAUCCUAUGGUCAAUAUUCAAAAAGUAACGGAAAUUUUGACAUUCUUUUCCGAAGUCUGUUCGGAGGGUCAUAUGCGUGAUUGGCUGGGUUGCUUCGAAGGCUCCAUCUUCUGGGAGCCUCUACUCAUGUUGCUGUGUAACAGUAAAUUGGCAAUCAUUGCUUCGGAGAUAACACCCCAGGCAUGUCUUGAUCUGGAAGAAUGCCUUAUUAAGUUCCUGUCCAAAGUAACGUCGUGUCAUCCGAAGAAUCAGGAAGUUCUGACGGUGAACUUGAUUUCCGUUAUUCGGAAAUCUGACUCCGGACGAGCCAGCACCAGCAGUGCAUCAACUGCGAAUGGCAGUUGCUCGAAUCAGAGCGGUAUCAAUAAUCGGCCAAACAAUGGUGGCAAAUCGUGCAUAUCCGGAUUUACCAGACGGCUAGUGCUGCAAAUUCUGUUGGAAAGUGAAAAGAUAAUGGUUGCCGUUCAAAGUGAUCUACCGCUGCAGAACAAGGAUCCCAAUCCGUACAACAUUAGUAAUCAUCCAUCAAAACGGCCGAAUACACACUUCCGACUGUUCUACCUGAGCACCAAUUCCAAAUGCCAGGAAAUUCUGGACCACUGUGUAACGGCGUACAACCGGAUCAUUCCGAAUCUGCCAUCGGACAGCCGCGUUGGAGAGGCACUUGCCGGAUCGUCCAGCGCUGGAUCAUCGGCCGGUGGUAGCGAUAAUCGAAAAGAGCUCUGGGAAAUGGGCUUGGGUAUGGAGUUCCUUAGUGUCGCUGCUGGCGUCACGGCCAAAGACAAGCGGUUGAAGGAGGCCAAAAAUCAAGCGACCACCAUGAAGCAGAAGGAUAUUCUAUCGAUGUUCAAAAUGAAGAUCGAUGAUCCGAAGUUGACCGCACCGGAUGGAAUAGUUCUCCGACAUACGGCCAUCCCUAACGGAGUGAUUACAAGUGAUACCACCGUUUCGCAAGUUCUUGCCAUGCUUAAAUCGUCCGGAAUAUCGCUGUCGUCUCCAUGCAUAAAUCUCAAUCUGAGUCUAGCCAAAAACAAACCGGAAGUAGAUCUAACCUGCGAAGCCAGCAGUUCUUCAGCCUCUUCGCCGGUGCUGAAGGCUGCCGACUUCAUUCCGCUUGCUUCGCCCCUGCAAAUAUUCUCCAGUCGUGGUGGACUGUCGCUGCUGGCGCACUACUUGCCCUUGGUGUAUCCGGAAUCACCGAAAUCACAGCAACAACUUGCCGACAAAGACAAGAAUCCGCCAGCCGGCGAUUGGGUCAAGGUCGAACAGAAUGAAGAAAUUUACGAAGACCUGGACGACAUCCUAGCGGAUGCUUCGCCGAAAGCGCAAGCUAUUUCCGCUGUUCCGCAGCACUCGUUGGCUGCAUUCGCAUUGUUCCUAAAACUGCCUGCCUAUUCGGAAGUCCUAUUGCGGGAUAAGCUUCGGGCACAGUGCUUGCUACGGUUGAUUCUGGGCGUUACUGGAGACGGCGAAGGGAAUGAGAUCUACAGCUUGGCUCUGUCCUCUUCACUGCCAACUCUACCAUUCGAAGUGUUCCGACAGCUGCUGGACAGUUCGCCACUGACUACGGAUGACGGAGUGUUGCUCCGGAGGAUGGUAAUCGAAGUCGGUGCAAUCCACCUAGUACUGAACUGCUUGAGCAUCUUCACCCACCACAACAAUGCCGGCAUAAGCAGCCAUUCCAAUUCAUCGGAUAAUAUUCAGGCCGCUGCCAGUCGCAAAGCUUCUCCCAGUGUUCCUGAUACUACUGCUGCUGCAGCAGCUGCAGCUGCUGGUGGUGCAGCUCCAAACGGCACAGACGAUCAACUCAAUUCGGACGACAAAAGCCACAUAUACUGGGCGAAAGGAACAGGCUUUGGAACUGGUUCAACCCAACAAUCUUGGAAUGUUGAACAGGCUUUGCUGCGACAGAAAAGUGAGGAAGAACAUGUCACCGUAUUGUUGCAGGUCCUAUCAAGCUACAUAAACCCAGGAGACAAAAUUCCUUCCAACUUGGACAGUGAGGAACUGAGCUAUCGCGAAUGCAGCGAAACGCUACCGGAGCUGCCGCCAAUUUUCCUUGAUCUGCUGCAGCAGUCCUGUAUGAUUCCGGCUCUCAGCUCUUACCUGAGGAACGAUUCGGUCUUGGACAUUACGCGUCACAUUCCGCUGUACCGGGCGAUAUUGCAGCUACUGAGGGCCAUUUCGCUUUCCAACCAGCUGGUUUCGCUGUUGGUGAACAAGAACAAUGAAGGAAGGAUUUCCAUCGCGGCACUACUGGCCAAUAUGAAGGCCUGUGUGGAUACCUAUGCGAGUCGAUUGAAAGUCAACAAGAAGUCCAAUCUGAAGGGUCAAACCCAGAAGAUUACGGUCAGUUUGGACGACGGCGAUGACGAGGGGUUGGCGCUGUUGAUCCCGGACAUUCAGGAGACGUCACUGCUGGUCCAGAAUGCCACCAACGUCGAAACGGUAAUGGUGGAAGAAGAGCAGAACGAAACCGUUCCCAGGCCGAUGGCGAAGUCCGUGGAGGAAAAGUACAUGGAGCUAAUGAAGGCGCUGCAAUUCGACACGUUCGAAAUGAUUGCCGAAACGGAAAACGGCUACCGGUUCACCAUCUCGCACCAUUUCGAAACGAACGUUCGCAUGGCCGGCGACCGUGGCCACCCGGGUCGAGUGAAACGUUUGGCCCAGGAAACGGUCACCCUCUCCACCAGUUUGCCGCUGUCCUACAGUAGUUCUGUGUUUGUACGCUGUGAUACCGAUAGGUUAGAUAUAAUGAAAGUAUUAAUCACCGGUCCGGCCGAGACGCCGUACGCGAACGGUUGCUUCGAGUUCGAUGUGUACUUCCCGCCCGAUUAUCCGAACUCGCCGAUGAUGAUCAAUCUGGAGACGACCGGCAGGAACACGGUACGCUUCAAUCCGAACCUGUAUAACGACGGUAAGGUAUGCUUAUCUGUACUGAACACCUGGCACGGUCGGCCCGAGGAGAAGUGGAAUGCCCAUACGUCGAGUUUCCUGCAGGUACUAGUCUCAAUUCAAAGUCUCAUCUUGGUUCCGGAGCCAUACUUCAACGAACCAGGAUUCGAGCGAAGCCGUGGUACGCCCAGCGGAACGCACAGCUCGCGGGAAUACAACAGCAACAUCUACCAGGCUUGCGUGCGUUAUGCUAUGCUCGAACAGCUGAAGAAUCCUUGCCCAUGCUUCAAAGAGGUGAUCCACUCCCACUUCUGGUUGAAACGGAACGAAAUCUGUGCACAAAUCGAAGACUGGAUUGCGGAACUGAGCAAACCGCUGCAGAACGAACGUACCGGCCGGACGAUAUCGUUCAACGCAAUGGUUCUUCGGCGCCAGUACCGCCAGCUGCGGGAGGAAUUUGCCAAGCUGAAGCCACCGGAGGGACUGGAAGAAAUCGACUAUCCAUUCGUCACUGGCAUCACCCCAACUACGCCGUCGGCGCAAAUUGGUUCGACGAGCAAUGGUGUUUGCGCCACCGAUGCGGUAUCCAAUGUACCACCGGAAAAUUCUUUGUGCGACGAUAAGGACGACGAAAGUGAGCUGCUGUUGCAGUCAGGUGAAGAUGCAAUCGUGCUGGACGAAAAUGGAGAUGACGAGGACGACGAAGUAAUCAUUAAGGCUGAUGUGGACGAUGGCGCUGCGGGCAGUAGCAGCAGCAGCAACGACAAGGGGACCAGCAUUCCGGAUGAAGCUCAGGACGAUAAUCCGGAUCUGUCCCCGGAGGAAAUUGUCCUCUCGAUGGUGUGGUAAGUGUUUCGCCUCUGAAUCUCAGUGUACGCGCGUGUGUGUAAAUUGCAUGUCGUCGCAAAGUCUGUGUUUGCAAAGAUUCGGAUCAGCAGAGAGACGCCUUCCUUAUCCUCAAUUCAAAAUCUGUGUGCUUGUUCUAGCCCUAGCAAUCUAAAAAUGGACAUUUUUUCGAUGAUUUUUCAGAUCUUAGGAAAUCCAAUUGGAGCCUCGUGUCUCUCUCUAUUUAUAGUUACGAAUCAGGAAAAUAGUCCGAGGCAAACAGGCUAGGUUUGUUUUGAUGAAGAAAAAUCCACUGGAUGUUGGUUUUUAAGCUCGUAAGUCGGGAAUCAAAAUCCGCGUAUAAAAAUAAACAGAAAUCAAUAUUAGGAAAUACCUUCUUCAUUACUAUUAGCAUCCGAGCAGAACACAAAACACAGGAAGACAGGACUUAGCAUUAUUCAGAAGAAAAAAAAAUGUGCGUGGAUAAGAACGCACGCCGAAAUCAAAGAAAUAAAAAUAGCCAUAAUUAUAAAAAAGAGGGGAAAAUUAUUCCAUCUAUACGUUUUUAUUGGUUUGUAAGAAAACAUGUUUUGAUUAUUUAUUUAUUGAUUGGAAUCCAACAGUUUUUUUUUAAAGUACAUUUCAGAUGUCUCCUAUCAAGCAAAAAAUAAUGUUUAUUAUUCGUACUGAGGAUAAAUAUUGGUUGUUUAUUUUUAGUUUAAAACAUAAAUAGCCUUUUUUACGCUAGGCAGAAUAGAAACCCUUGAUAACUGAUACGCUUUUCGGAUUACUUUAGUUUUUUAAAACCUAUCUAAACGCAACCUGAUACCCUGCAAACUGAAGAGACACACAUUUUUUUUCGGUACACUCCCAGUGGAUGAUGGAUACCUAUACGAGAAUUGAGAACGUCUAUAUAUAAUUAAGCAAAAAGCAAUUGGCAAAGGGCAGCGGGGGAAAGAACGAUUGAAAAAAAAACAACCUACAAGUUAGCAGUAGCAGCAGUAAAUCUGAAAUGGAAAGGAACAAACAUAAGUAAGAAGAAAGAAAAAAAAAACUGAAAGCGAAAAUUAUACAACAAAACCUUAUAUGGAUAUUAUGAACUAGUAAUACUUAUUAAUAAAUUGAUUGAAUAAAAUAA